GCAGAAACUUGCCUGAUCAGCCCUCUAUUCUCUUUUCUUGUAGAAUAGAGAAUCUGAUCAAAGGCAAUUAACUAAUCCCGGAAAAUGAUUCAGAUAGUGCCUCAAUCAGUUGUGUUAACCUAUAUAGUUUUUAUUGCAACCCAGCUGAAGUGGGCAUGGGAUUAUCUUCUUUAUCAAUCCUUCUUCGUUCAGCCUGCCGGAAUCAAGUUACCAGAAUAUGUUGAUGAUCUUAGUGUUACGUGCUAUGAAAAUAACGAAGAGUCCAGAGAUUCUGUUGAAUGUGCUGUUUGUUUAUGCAAGAUUGAAGAAGGAGAUGAAAUCAGAGAGCUGAGAUGUGAUCAUCUGUUUCACAGAGUUUGUUUGGAUAGAUGGUUGGGCUAUGGGCACAUGACAUGCCCUCUUUGCCGGAAUAUUCUUAAGUUUGCACCACUAGUGGAGGAUCUCUACCACCAUCAGGAACUGAUUCUUAUUAACUUCUGUGCCACAACAUCCAGGGAUCGCUGUGCAUGGUGGCUGCGAUGAGCUGAUGAUCAGUUUGUUCAUUUAUUUUUAAGUAGCUGCCUGCCGAUUUUUAUCUUCUUUUUUAUUUAUUUAUUAUAUGGUUCAUACCGUUUUCGGGAAUUCAAACAUAUUGUACUCAUGCAAUAAAUAUGGUUAUACAUUUUCGGAUGAA